CCUCAUAUUAAAGUCUUAUUAAUUAAUUAAAAUGGCUGGUUCUAGUUCUGUUUCUGGUUCUCCUUGUGGAGCUUGCAAAUUCUUGAGAAGAAAAUGUAUUAGAGGUUGUGUUUUUGCACCUUAUUUUAGUCAUGAACAAGGUGCUACACAUUUUGCAGCCAUUCAUAAGGUUUUUGGUGCAAGCAAUGUCUCAAAGCUUCUUGCUCAACUUCCUAUAAGCGAUCGAUGUGAAGCCGCGGUUACAAUCUCUUAUGAAGCUCAAGCUAGACUUCAAGAUCCUAUUUAUGGAUGUGUCUCUCAUAUCUUUGCCCUCCAACAACAGGUGGUUAAUUUACAAACACAACUUGCUUAUCUCAAAGAGCAAGCAGCACAGACUAGUUUCAACAAUUCAUCUACCAAUGAAAACCCUAAUGAAAAGUCAACACCUCAUACUCUUCCUCAAGAUCUUCAAAGUUUGUUCCAAGUUGAAAACUCCAAUAAUUACUACCAGCAUGGACAAGAAUUCCUUACUAAUAACAUGUCUAAUAUUUCACUAACAACACAACAUUAUGGUAACAAUAACCACAUGGAUCUAAACCCUAUGAGGAACUAUGAAGAAAACAGUUCAUCAUUUUCUAGCUUUGAGGAGAGUACUUCUAAUUCCAUAUCUUAUGACAUGCAAACAAAUAGGAGGACAUGGGGUUUUGAUGAAGUUGAAGACCUGCAUUCAGUGGCUUUUCGAUAUAGUUGAUUAGAUUUAUGAAUCUUAGUUGAAGGAUUUAGUGAAACAAGUUUAUCAAUUUUGAAAAACCGAUCGCUAAAUCAGAACAAGUCUCUAUAUAAAGAAUAUUUAGUAGCGAUUUGUUAUUCACUACUCUUUUGUCAUAAACGAUCUGAAUAGAAGCAUAGUU